AUGUUUUCCACUUCCAUUACCCUCUACGCCCUUCUCUCGACUGCUCUACUGCCAUAUGUGGCAGCUUCUCCGGCUCCUGAUAUGAUCUUUACUCUGAAAGAAUCAUUCUUCACUCCCCUCGGUUGCUCCACCACCUUCCGCCCCACCUCCAUCCUUCACCAAGUCCCCUCUCCCCAAGCUUGCUUCUCUCGCUGUUCCUCGUCCCAACUCGCCGCCUAUACAUCUCCCUCGUCCUCUUCCAUGUCCCAGUCUGUGCUUUGCGCGUGUGGAUCGGAAGUGAUGAUGGAGGGCAUUGGGCGAAUGGACAGGUGCAAGGGGAACAGCUGGUACUUGUACAGUAACGAGGAGGUCGAUGAGCUUGUCAUCGUGGAGGACGACGAGCGGAUGGACAAGCUUUCAGUGUUCUCGAGGAAGGGAGAGAAGAGUUCGAGUAAGGGGCCUAUGCCGUUGGCGAUAUUGAAGAAGUUGACAGCGGCGUCUAAGAACAGGAUAUUCGACUGGUGA